AGGGAAGUCACUCUAUUUGAUUACAGUUGACGGUUGGCGGUUUUUUCGCAGCUGAAAUCAUGACCGGUGAGACACGGAAACGGGCUCAUGAAGAAGCACAGAAAAGACUGCAUUUGGAAACAGAGGACCGUAAGAAGAUUGUACCAGAGAUACGAAAGAAGUCACGUCGAGAUUAUUUAAAGAAACGUCAUGUUGUCAAAUUGGAAGAAUUGGAGGCUGAUGUUCAUGAUGAGGAAUAUUUAUUUGGAGAUCAAAAACUCACAGAGAAGGAGAAACAUGAGCUGGAGUACAAGAAGAAAGUGCUGAAGUUAGCGAAGGAACACAAGUCAGCUGGCGAUAAGGAGAAGGUCAACAGAUACUUUAUACCAAAGGAAGAUGAUAAACCCUCUGAUAAAUACUUCAAGGAAGAGGGACCCGAAGGCCCUAGUUCUGAACGGUUGAAAUGGGAGGAAGAGCAUGUUGGGGCAGCACUUGCAUCAUUUGGGGCCAAAGAUUCCAAACAGAAAGCCAAAGAGAAAAACAAAGUGAAAGAAUACGAUGUAAUCAUGGACAAGGAGAUUGAAUUUGUCCAAGCCUUACAGAUGCCUGAUACCAUCACUGAAAAAACAUUUUACAAAUCAAGGGCUUCUUCAUUGAUACUGAGCCAGGGAUGGCUCUGGAAAUUUUUUAGCUGUCGCCAACACUUUCGCCAUUUGGCAAAAGUUGGAGCCAAGGAGGAGCCACUGGAGCCAACAUUGGUGCCAGAGGAAGAUGGGAAAUGA